AUGAGUGCCUCGUCGGGGGUUUGCUUUCUUCUGGCCCACUCCAAGGGUUUCUAUCUUGUUUCUCCAUUCCUUCUUCUGUGUUUUGCCAUGGCUUCCUCUCAGGGUUUGAUUCCCAGCUCCGCUGAGUUCGUCACCCUCCAAGAGGCUUAUGGCCUUACUCUAGUUGACGGAGUGGAGUUUCCGGUCUCUGGAUCUCUGAUUACCUGGCCCCCUUCUGGGAAAGCGGGUGUUUACCUAAAAACCUUUGAUGCCGGCCUUCGCCUUCUGCUGAUUGACUUUCAAGAGGAAAUACUCUAG